CCCCCCCCCCUCCGCUUUCCCGCUGCAGCCGCCGCAUGGCUGCUUUGCAAACGCUGCUCCUGAUGGGUGUCCGGAGGCUGCACUGCAGCACGGCGGCUCGAGCGGGCGGCCCUUGGCGACUUAAGCAGGGCUUGGCUGCCAACUCCUCGGGCUAUGGACCCCUUACAGAACUCCCAGACUGGUCUUACGCAGAUGGCCGUCCUGCUCCUCCAAUGAAAGGCCAGCUUCGAAGAAAAACCGAAAGGGAGAAGUUUGCAAGACGAGUCGUACUGCUGUCACAGGAAAUGGAUGCCGGAUUACAGGCAUGGCAAAUCAGGCAGCAAGAGAAGAAGCUGCAGGAAGAAGAAGGGAAGCAGAAAAACGCCCUUAAACCAAAAGGGGCACUACUUCAGAGCCCACCAAGUCAAUAAAAACCAAAUCCUAUCUCUCUCUC